UUCUGGUCAAACAGGAAAUCCAAUUUUCUUCAGAUUAUGGCCGUGUCAAACUUUGUGGUGGAACCGGAUGGAUGUUCGAUUUGUUGAUUAUACCCAUCUUAUUUUAGUUCAGAAAUUACUUAGUCAUUAAUGUAGCUUUCUCCGCGAAUGUUGCGUGUAGUUUUUGACGUUAAAUUAUUUUUUUGUAAAACGCCUAGAAAAGUUUGAUAAAUUGAAAAUGUCGGAUACUUCAGACAUGACAGUGAAAUCCAGAAAAUCAUAUGAAAAUUUAACAACUAAUGGUGGCAUAGAUAAUGCUUAUUCCAUGCAGUAUGAUCCCAAUUCACUUUCUAGUCAAACGAAACAGUGGAUAGCAAAUCGUGAAGAUCGUCAAAGUUUGGUCUUAUGGAAGAGACCGUUUACUGUUCUUCAGUAUUUUAUAAAAGAACUAUUUAUAGUUUUUUAUGAAUAUGGAACCAAGUUCCUUAGGCAUCAUCUAAUCGUUUUAACUACUCUCCUAGUCAUUGCCAUUAGCAUCUUCUUGUACAAUUUAGAAGGUCCUCAUCAAGAAUACAUUCACAGAAUAGAAAAUGUUACAUUUAGAUGGAUUUAUUGGAUAGGUUUAGGUGUUUUAUCAUCUGUAGGCCUUGGGACAGGUCUUCAUACAUUCGUGCUUUAUUUGGGUCCACACAUAGCAGCAGUUACUUUAGCAGCGUAUGAGUGCAAUAGUUUGGAUUUUCCAACCCCUCCCUAUCCUGAUGAAAUUAUUUGUCCGGAAGGUGAUAAUAGCAAUACUGUUAUAACUAUUCUAAAAAUUAUGAGCAAAGUAAGGCUAGAAGCUUUUAUGUGGGGUAUGGGGACAGCACUGGGUGAGCUUCCUCCAUAUUUCAUGGCAAAAGCAGCUCGUCUUUCGGGUCAAGAAUACGAUGAUGAAGAGCUAACAGAGUUAGAAGAACUUCUUCAAGCUAAGAAGAAGGCCCCUGAAGAACAAUCAGUUCUAGACCGAGCAAAGUUAACUGUAGAGAAGCUCGUAGAACGUGUUGGAUUUUUCGGAAUCCUAGCUUGUGCAUCCAUUCCAAACCCUUUGUUUGAUCUUGCUGGCAUUACCUGCGGGCAUUUCUUGGUUCCAUUUUGGACGUUCUUCGGUGCCACUCUUAUUGGAAAGGCCAUCAUAAAAAUGCACAUCCAGAAACUUUUUGUUAUUGUUGCAUUCAAUGAGAGAUUAGUCCAUGACAUGGUCAAUAAAAUGAAAUACAUACCUUAUGUCGGAAGAUUUCUUCAUGCACCCUUGGAAGAAUUCUUGGCAAAACAAAAAGAAAAAUUACAUCGGAAACAUGGGACGCCAGGGGCUUCUGAAGGAGCCUGGAUAGCCUGGAUUUUUGAAAAGUUCGUCAUCUUAAUGGUGUUCUAUUAUGUGUUAUCAAUAGUGAACUCUAUGGCUCAGAACCAUCACAAGCGGUUACAGAAGAGGCAGUAUCGUGCCAUGGCCAAAGUUGCCACAGACUGAGAAGAGAAAUAAAAAUCUUAUCAAUUUGUAUUCCCAAGGCGAAGACCAAGGUCAAAUGCUGCAUGGAAUUGUACAAUGCCUAUCUAUAUUUUUAUUUAAGUUAUAAUUUUUUAAUUUUGCAACGCUGUGCGUCAUCAUUUGUGAGUAGAUGAGGCUGUGAGAAAGAAACAAUCCUCAUCAGAUAUAUUACUUAAUUAGAGUAUCUUACGUGUCUCGUUCCGAUAGACUGUUUAGAGUGCCGGGGUUUAUAUUGAGUAUUUGUAAAUAAAUAUAUAUAUACAUAUAUAUAAUAUACAUAUAUAUUAUCUACCUUUGUUACAUACUUUGUGGAUCAAAAGGUGGUGAAGAAGGUUAUUGUGAUAAUAUUUUCAUUUUGGGAAAUUGUUUUUUUCUUGUGUAUUAAUGUAAGUAAUAUUAUUUUUUUUAUAUAUAUCUUCUUAGUAAAACUGCACAAUUGAAACUGUUUUUGCCUUUCUAAUUGAAAAAAGUUUAUGCUUACUCUAGUCAUGAAGAAAUGUUGUGAUGAUGAAAGUAAGCAACCGUAUUUUCAUUACUUUGACAUUUAGUUAAACAAAAUUGAUCAAGAGUUGCUUUUAUUUUAUUUUAAAAGGAUUUGAAUUAUUUUGAAAGAAUUGUCAAAAAAUUGCUCAAAAUGCAGAUAUGAAACUUUUCCAGGUAUACCCCAGAAUUCCUUUUUUUUUCAAUUGACGUAGCCCAGAAUCCAGGUAAGCAAAACGUUUUACCAAUUUGUUGUAAUUUGAUGACCAUCAUUCAAAAUGACCUUGAUUUAGGAUUCAGUUAGAGAUUUCAAAUAAUGCUACUUGGAAUGUAUUAUCAUUCUGCUCCAGUUGCUGUUCAUUCACGAAAGAUGCAGAGAAAUUUCAAUGCAAUUUUUGAUCAAAGUUACACCAUAUUUGGUCUAAGUUACUUAUAAACUACUUGCCUAGUGACAUAUCUUAUUUUGUCUUUUUUAAUGAAUUUUUAGACAAGGCAUUAAAAUUAAAAAUAAACCUUCAAAUAAUUAAAUUAAGCAAUUAAAAUAUAAAAUAAUCCUCCAAAUUGAAAAACAUGUCUUUAAAAAGUGUGAAAAGUUUGAUAAAAAUAAUUCACACACAAAAAAAAAAAAAAAAAAAAAAAAAGAAAUGUUAGAAGCUUCAUUAAAAUGUUAAAUGAUUUGCUAAAUAAAUAUAUUAAGUAAUUAAUAAACAUUAAUAGUUGCAUUGAAAUGUAGAAUAUUAAAAAAGCAGAGCUAUAAGACGACUGCAAUGUGAAUAUUAUUUUAUUUUUACCAAAGUCGAAAGUAAUCAAGUUGGCAAGUGAGAUACCAAAAAUAAAAAAAGUAUUGAUAUUUAGUUUCUUAAGUUCCAAAAUAUGAAUAAUGAAUAAAAUAUCAAAGUUUUGAGGGAGGGGGAGCAAGUUUUACUUGGAACAUUUUUGAGUAUGUUCCCACUCUGUAGCAAUUUAUUUUUAGGGAUCUGGGGCCUGGGUAGGUUGUAUCCCUGUCAGUGUUAGGGUUGAAUAUAAAAAUGCGCAAUUGGUUUGAUAUAAAUGAAGUCGAGUUGAAGAGGAUUUUCCAGCUAAUAGUUUAAUAUCCAUUCUUGAUUCCAAAUAGCUAUGAUGUAUUAAAUCUAUUUAUUUCUGUUUUAAGAUAUGAAGAUUGUUUAAAACAACUUGGACAUUAAAGUAAGUUGGCAAAUUUGUGCUUUUUCUAACGUUGUUUGUCUUACUUUACUGUUCAGCACAAAGGUAUUUAUUUAUCUUAUUUAUCUAACUUGGACAUAUUUUCACUUUAUUUUUUAAAAGAUAAAUAAUCGAGAUUCAGCAUUGUUUUCUUCAUUAUUUAUGUGCCUCAUAUUACAUUAUUUUCUUUGAAGCUUCUGGAUUCUUAAAAUGCAAAUAAAGUCACUGAGUGGUUUUAGUUUUAAAAAUGUUUAUGUAAAUAAUUUUUGAUAAAAUGUUAAAAAUACAAAACAAAUCACAUAGAUAUAUAUUAAUGUUUUAGUGGUGUAAAAAUGCUUUCCUGUUAACUAGUUUUUUACUUUUAUCAUUGUUUUGAUAUGAUUUUUGAGCAAUAAAGAACAGCCAAUGGCAUUAAUUGUUUUUUUUUUUUUUCCUAGAGUUAAUGGGCCAUCUGUUAUUUUACCCCUCUCCACAUGAAAAUUUCUUAAAUAAGACCACCAAUUUCUUAAACAAGCCACAUGUUCUCAUAUUAUAUAUUCUAUCAAAUGAAAUUCUGCUGUUCGGUGGAUUUCUCCACUUUUUUUCAACUUAAGAACCUGUUUAAUGAGAAUCUGUAAUGCAAAGCCCCCUUUGAAAGGUUUGUCACCAUUUCUGCUACAUGCAAUAGCACGAUUUUAAAGAUGGUGGACUACCAGUUCUACCGUUUACUUGAUUGGCUGUUGAACCUGAUAUUUGCAUGGAUGUUUACCAUUGGUUAACUAGAUGGUUGAGGUAGGAGCGAUUGUUUUGAAGUAAUUCAUUUUCAUGUAAUUUUGUGUUACCAAUGUGAUGCUUGAUGCAAAAUAAUGCAUUUUUAUCAAUACAAGCUAAAUAGAAAUAAAAAUUUAUUUAUUAUGAA